GUUUACCAGCUAGCAUAGGAGCUAACUUCUUCCCGAUAAGACAGUUCACUCCGUCAAAAUGGAUGUAAGUCAAGCGAAACAGGAGCACCUUCUCGCAUUAAAAGUGAUGCGAUUAACAAAACCAACACUCUUCACAAACCUGCCAGUGACAUGUGAAGAUCGAGACCUGCCAGGUGUCGCCGAAAUGACCCGAGCCACACGAUCUCCUGUCUCUCUUGGAAACCAUCACGAUUAUAGAUUUACACUCUCAGAACUUCCUCCCAAAUUUAGAUGGCAAGCAUCCUGAGAGCUUCACUGCUCAUUUCCACUGUGAUGAAUUACAGCAAGCAGAAAUGUUUUGGAUGGUAACCGAAGUCAUGACACACCAUAAAUCAUGAUUAUGAGCCUUCUAAGGGGGUCGCUAUUUAUACAAGAGCAGCAAUGAAGUGAUGACUCCUCUUAGGUCACAAGUUCAACAAGGGGAUUUGUUUGAUCAACUCAUGAGGGAGGACCCGUCCACCAUCAAAGGAGCGGAGGCUUUAAUGCUGGGAGAGAUGCUGACAUUACCGCAGAACUUUGGAAACAUUUUCCUGGGUGAGACCUUCUCCAGUUACAUAAGUGUGCACAAUGACAGCAACCAAGUAGUGAAGGACAUUCUUGUGAAGGCUGAUCUACAGACCAGCUCACAGAGGCUCAACCUCUCUGCCUCAAACUCUGCAGUGGCAGAACUCAAACCUGAAAGCUGCAUCGAUGAUGUUAUCCACCACGAAGUCAAAGAGAUUGGAACUCAUAUCUUAGUUUGCGCUGUCAGCUACACCACUCAGUACGGGGAAAAGCUAUAUUUUCGGAAGUUCUUCAAAUUCCAGGUUUUGAAGCCGCUGGAUGUGAAGACAAAGUUCUACAAUGCCGAGAGUGACCUCAGUUCUGUGACAGAUGAAGUGUUCCUGGAGGCUCAGAUCCAGAACAUCACCACCUCCCCCAUGUUUAUGGAGAAGGUCUCCCUAGAGCCAUCCAUGAUGUACAACGUCACAGAGCUCAACACGGUGGAAGGUGGAGAUGAAGGAGAGUCCACAUUUGGGAAAAUGUCUUACCUGCAGCCCAUGGACACCCGGCAGUACCUGUACUGCCUGAAACCAAAGCCGGAGUAUGCGGAGAAAGCCGGGGUCAUCAAGGGAGUGACGGUGAUCGGGAAGCUGGACAUCGUAUGGAAGACCAACCUAGGGGAGAGAGGGAGGCUACAGACCAGUCAGCUGCAAAGAAUGGCUCCAGGGUAUGGAGACAUCAGACUGUCUUUAGAGAUGAUUCCUGACACCGUCAACCUUGAAGAACCUUUUGACAUUAUCUGUAAAAUCACAAACUGCAGUGAAAGAACGAUGGACCUGGUGCUGGAGAUGAUUAACACCCGGUCCAUCCACUGGUGCGGCGUAUCAGGGCGACAGCUGGGGAAACUCAGUCCUGGAGCCUUCCUCUCUCUGCCCCUCAUCCUCCUCUCCUCCGUCCAGGGUCUGCAGAGUAUUUCCGGAUUGAGACUCACAGACACAUUUCUGAAGAGGACCUACGAAUACGAUGACAUCGCACAAGUGUGUGUGGUCUGCCCAUACACGAACAAUGAGUGCUAGAACCUUUUAUUUAGUUUUUGCAUUUUAGAUAUGAAUGGACCAACCGUGGGAUAUUGCACACGAAGCUCACAUUUCACUCUUUUUGCAACCUGAUGGGAUAAUACUGUAUUUUAAAAUGAAUUAUGUAUAAUAUAAAUCACUCUCUUUGAAAUUAAUGAUGUAAAUGUGCAUAAAUGUUAAUAAAAUCUCUGUGGUCUUUAA